AUGUAUAGAAAUACAAUUUGGUACAAAUCUCUGCUCAACGCAGAAAAAACUUGUUUGAAAGAGGAUAAAAUAAAAAAAGUUCAUUAUAAAUUUGAAGAUGGGAAAGAAAUGGUUGAAGAAUAUAAUGUUGAUACAAAUGUAUUAUUAAGAAGAGCUUGGAAAAUGAAGGGCAAACUAGGAGGAGAAGGCAAAUGGUCUGUAGAAAUUGGUGAUCCUAUUCCAGAUGCAACACCUAAUAAUGAUGUCAUAGAUAUUAUAGAAAGCAAAGACGAACCUAUUUUAUUGAAAAGAAAUACAAGAGUCAAUAUUGAGUGGAGAAUAAGAAAUCUACCAUAUCCUAUAGAAACAUAUUCUAUUAAGGCGAACAAUGAUGAGAAAUGUAUAAUUAUUAGUACUUCAAAUAAAAAGUACUACAAAAAGUUGGAAGUAUUGGAAUUACUAAGAUUAGGUUUACCUUUAGAGCAGAUGAAUAUUAAUGCGAGUCAUAAAUUUAAUACCCUUAUUGUAACAUACAAAAAACCACAGCAAUUACUUGACAUGGACAGAGAAUGGUAUGAAGAACUAAACAAAGUUAAACCUAUUAAGGAUGUACCGAGUGAUUGUAAGACUCAA